GUAGGUGGCGGUAUGUCUUUUGUUAAGCAUCAACAGACAGCAAUACAGAAGAAGACGAGGAAGUGCUUUAUUUACAUACUUUUGUUGUCAUCUAAGAACUUCGGUUGUUGUUGUUUUAUCAUUAUUUAAAGCUUUUAUCGCGCCAGGACCCGCUGUCAGUGUUGAGAGAGGUGUGUGUUCUCCAGUGGACGCGAGCGGACAGCAUUAAUGGCCGAGGGCAGCAGCGGUAACCCGGGCAGCGCUCCUCCCGGAGACCCGCAGCUCAUCGCGCUCAUAGUGGAGCACCUGAAGAACAGAGGCCUGUUCGACGAGUUCAGGAGAGACUGUCUGGCAGACGUGGACACGAAGCCAGCUUAUCAAAAUCUGCGACAGAAGGUGGACAACUUUGUGUCCACUCAUCUCAGCACUCAAGAAUGGAAUCCGUCCAUCAACAAGAACCAGGCGAGGAAUGGCUUGAGACAAAGCGUAGUCCAGUCGGGGAUGUUGGAAUCAGGGGUGGACCGAAUCAUCACUCAGGUGGUGGACCCUAAGCUGAACCAUACCUUCAGGCCACACAUCGAGGACGCCAUUCAUGAUUUUCUAUCUGCAGAGACGAGAGAAGAGGGUGCAUCGAUUUCAGCCCUCGAUGCUGAACAACAGGAAAUGACCAGCAACACCGCAGCCAAAACACAAACAGCGUUCUCAUCACCCUCACGAGACAUGCGUGUGCCACUGACUAUAGGAGUGUUUAUAUUGCUUUUGGCGGUGCGGCAAACACACGCGACUGAUUCCAGCAGUGCUCAUGACACCUCUCAAGAGAGAUCAGUGAACAUCCAGAAGAGAAGACUCUCUCUGCAGAACACAGCGGAGAUUCAGCAGUGUCUGGUGAACGCAGGUGAUGUGGGCUGCGGCAUGUUCGAGUGCUUUAACAACAACUCCUGCGAGAUCCGAGGACUACAUGACAUCUGCAUGACAUUCCUCCACAACGCAGGCAAAUUUGACUCCCAGGGAAAAUCGUUCAUCAAAGACGCGCUGAAGUGUAUGGCCCACGGACUCCGCCACAGGUUCAGCUGCGUCAGCCGCAAGUGUCUGGCCGUCAAAGAGAUGGUGUUCCAGCUGCAGCGCGAGUGUUACGUCAAACACAACCUCUGCUCGGCCGUGACGGAGAACGUCAACGUCAUGGUGGAGAUGAUCCAUUUCAAGGACCUGUUUCCUAAAGGGCCCCACGUGGAGUUGGUGAACGUCCUGCUGGGAUGCGGCGAGGAGGUGCGUGUCGCCAUCGGCCGGCGAAUACGAACUCAGUGCGAGCAGAACUGGGGAGCUCUGUGCGGGAGUCUGAGUCUCUGUGCCCUCGGGAAGGUGGAGAACCAGGCCAGUCCCACUCUCGCCCCUGUCCCAGACAUCACCACCCCACCGGGAUCCAACAGCAACUCCCUCCCUCCCGCCAGCCUGCUCCUCCCCGAGCCUGACGGGGAACCAGUGUGGACGCUCACAGGAGGAGAUGAAGACGAACAUCAGUCCUCAGGUCCUCAAGACGACGCCUCUGAGGUGGAGAAAGAGCUCAAGAGGGCUCUGAACGCCACCAAGAGGAGGUGAAGGGAAGACCUCGUGCCUUUAGCCCACACUACAGGUCAAGCGUUUGGAAUAAUUAAGGCU